AUGUCUUCCCACCCAAUUCACGAAGCAAAUAAGAUCAGCCCAUAUGGAGAUCUUGCAAGAGAAGAAUUCCACAAGAACCAUCAAAUACUACACAAAGAAAGCUACAUGUUGAACAAACAAAACAUGAAGAUUUUUACCCAAUCAUGGCAGCCUGCAGAUUCAACUUCAAAAGUACUGAAAGGGCUUGUGGCAAUGAUCCAUGGUUAUUGCUCAGAAAGCAGCUGGCUGUUUGAGCUGAACGCGGUGGCCAUAGCAAAAGCUGGCUACUUUGUUUGUGCUCUUGAUCUUCAAGGCCAUGGUUACUCGGAAGGCUCACCUGGGAUCAUUUCAGAUUUCGAGUAUUUGGUUUCUGAUUCAAUCCAAUACUUCGAUUCUGUUCGGAAAGAGCACCCGAGACUGCCAGCAUUUCUAUACGGUGAAUCAAUGGGAGGAGCUUUUUCCAUCAUCAUUUGCUUAAGACAAAAAAAUGCAUGGAAUGGACUCAUUUUAUGUGGUCCACUUUGUGGUGUUUCCAGAAAUCUGAUGCCAUUAUGGCCAAUGGAGAAAGUAGUCAUUCCUGUGGUUGCUUCUAUUGCACCGUUACGGAGGAUAAACAGCACAAACCCACUAGCAACGCAAUCAAUCAAAGAGGUCUGGAAGAAAAAGUUGGCGGGCAAGAGCCCGAAUCCCCCGACAAAGGCGAUGCUCCCGUUACAGGCGAUAACAGCACGGGAGUACAUAAAAGUCUGUGUUUAUGUCCAGGAAAGAUGCCGCGAGUUAGAUCUGCCUUUGCUGGUUUUGCAUGGUGGAGAUGAUAGGGUAUGUGAUCCUCAAUUCGCUAAAUUUUUACAUGAUUCGGCUGCCAGUCAGGAUAAGUCCUUGAAGAUUUUUCCAGGGAUGUGGCAUCGAUUGUUCGGGGAACCAAAUGAAAGUGUAGAAUUAGUUUUUGAGAUGAUUGUUUGUUGGAUUGAGUUGAGAGCUAAGAUGGUGAAAAUGAAUUCCACGAUCAUGCGCUCUUCCCUUUGA